AUGAAUAUUUUAUUCAUCCUCCCGUUACUAUUACCUCUCAGCUAUUGUGAUUUCACGUCAAACAAUACGAAGUUUGAAGGAAACCCUUACAAAAAACAUCUGUUUGAUGACCUUUUGAGCAACUACAAUCGGCUGAUUAGACCCGUUCAAAAUCAUUCGGAGAACUUAACUGUUUGGAUGGGCUUAAAACUCACUCAGCUAACCGAAAUGAAUCUUAAAAGUCAAGUGAUGACAACGAGUGUGUGGUUGAUCCAGAAAUGGUUUGACUGCAAUUUGAAAUGGGAUCCCAAAGAAUAUGGUGGCUUAGACAAGUUAUACGUACCUUCGGAUCAUAUUUGGUUGCCAGACAUAGUUUUGUUUAACAAUGCUGACGGGAAUUACGAAGUUACCCUAAUGACAAAAGCGGUGCUCAAGUAUACUGGCGAAGUAUUAUGGUCACCUCCAGCUAUCUACAAAUCGUACUGCGAGAUAAACGUUCUAUACUUUCCGUUUGACGAACAAAACUGUUACAUGAUGUUCGGUUCGUGGACUUACAACGGAAAUCAGGUAGAUUUGAGGCAUAUCGAUCAAUCGCAGGGCAGAAACCGUGUGGACGUUGGAAUCGAUCUAAGCGAAUUCUAUCUAUCCGUCGAAUGGGAUUUACUCGAAGUCCCUGCGAUCAGGAACGAAGAAUUCUAUUCCUGUUGCUCCGAGUCAUAUACAGACAUAACGUUCAACAUAAAAAUGCGGCGUAAGACUUUGUUCUACACAGUUAAUCUGAUCAUUCCGUGCGUAGGACUGACGUUCAUGACUGUGUUGGUGUUCUAUUUGCCAUCUGAUUCUGGCGAAAAGGUGACUCUGUGCAGUAAUAUACUAGUGUCAUUGACAGUGUUCUUCUUGCUGCUAGCCGAGAUCAUCCCCCCGACAUCUCUGGCCGUUCCACUCCUUGGCAAGUACUUAUUGUUUACCAUGGUCUUAGUGUCAAUGUCGAUCGGUAUGACCGUGGUCGUGUUAAACAUCCAUUUCCGGUCACCAUCAACCCACACCCUGUCACCUUGGGUGAGGACCGUGUUUCUGCACAUGAUGCCACAGAUACUUAUGAUGCGCAGACCACCGUAUUCGCUGAUGACCAACGACGGAUUCCAAAGCUCACCUGGUUACUUCAACGAACUGGACUACAGUCGAGACAGUAUAAGCGAUAGUGGUGGAACAGAACAGAAACCUCCAUCUUUGACCCAGAGACACUGGUCCUUCAAAAAAAUUCAGUCAGUACAGCCUCACAAUUAUCCGGAGAAUGUAAUGCCAAAGACAAUGUCCCCUGAUCUACUCAAGGCUUUACAAGGGGUCUGUUAUAUUGCUCAACAUAUCAAAGACGCAGACAAAGAUAAAGAGGUGAUCGAGGACUGGAAGUACGUUUCGAUGGUGUUCGACCGGUUCUUCCUGUGGGUAUUCACUUUGGCUUGCAUAGUAGGAACGUGCGCCAUAAUAUUCCAGGCACCCUCGCUGUACGACCAACGGCAACCCAUCGACUUCCAGCUGUCUAGCAUACCCCGGCGUCGCAGCAACCUGGCGCUGCCACACGAAAUCGACUUUUACGAGCGCACGUACGGUGCCGACUAGAGUAUUAUUUUAUAGAUAUCCGUUGAAAUCCCUCUGCAGGCUCAUUAUUUAUUGUACAUAAUAUUAUACGUAGACAAUACACAAGUAUUUAUAGGUAUACCGAAUAAACGACAUAAUAAGUGAUUCACGUCCGUCACACUCGCGAAUAUAAAUCAUCCUCGAAUCAUCCUCGAACGCGACGACUGCAGUGGCACAACUCAUACAAACGAGAGGAGAGAAUGGAAAGAUUUAAAAAUUAGCACCUCUCCUCCAAGUCUCCAACCCCAAACGAUUUCGAUUUUUUGAACUGUCGUGGCGGAAACCUUACACGAAUAAUAUAGAUGAAAAGUAAUACUAUAACAUCGUUUUGACGAAAUAUUACAACGUCUCCAUUAAAUAUAUAUUUUCGUUUAUCGCGAACGCUACAUGUCCUAUCCGUUAAUAAUUAUUAUACGUUAAAUGUUAUCUGAACGCAUUUAACAAAAUACAAUAAUUAUUACGUGUGAAAAAAUAAAAUUUCAUUUCCUAUUCUUAGCCCCAUGGACGUGGUAUCUUUAAACAUUUUUAGGUUGCGCACGCGUCGUGGACACGUUUUUUUUUUUUUUUGACGUACGUAAUUCGUUGCCAAUCAGACACUCCAAAAAACCCGUGUAGGCACACGUGCGUAUUAUGAUAUUAUUAUUUUAAAUACAAUACGUCGAUCCAAUAUUAUAAUAAAUGAGCGGAAACUGCGGCGUACAGAAUCGCACGUCGUAUAUAUGUAUGAUGCUUAUAGAGGUAUAACGAUAAUCAUAUUAUUAUGACUGUUUGGUCUGUAUAAUAGUGUGUAUACAACUAUUGUGUUUAUGUGGUAUUGUUACGUGGGAAAACUGAAUAGGUAUAGCGAAUCCUAACAAAUUUCGUCGUCGUAUGAAAAAUAUUUAUAUUGUAUAAUGUGUGUUCUAUAUUAUAUAUAUAUAUAUAUAUAAAAAAGCUGAUUGUGUGAUAUUUUAUAGAAAUCAAUAUUAUUUUUUUUAAUUUUUAAAUGUUUUAAUUACAUAUUUACCAAAACUACCGAAAUAUCCUAUGUAUUGAUAGCGUUGCGAUAAUACACGUGAUCGUAUUAUAUUAUUCGAGUAAUCAAUAAAUACGUUUCCAACGAUACGAUAUUAUAAACGCAUUUGAACUCAAGUAUAGCCAUCGUAUGUUAUAUAAAUCGUAUGUUGUAUAAAUAUAUAGAACACCUUGAGCUAAUGCAUUUUGAAAACUAUCAUCACGUUUUGAGCACGAGGGUGAACAAAUUGGCCACUCGCUCUUUUCGGUUGACAAUAAUCAAUAUACAAAACUUUCAAUAAUUUAAUAUUUUUCUAAUGCUUUAAAGGAGAUAUGCCGCUAAAAUAAUCCCGUAUUCCCGUUUGAUUUUUCUCUUUUAAUAAUUCUACGCGCUUCUUUUUAUACAACCAUUAGUAGUGAGCCGUGGGAUAUUGUAUCCUUGGGGUCCAAAUCGUAUAAAAGUGGAAUAUUAAAAUUUAUGCACGAGUACAGAUUUUCUGUUUCAAGAAUCCUAGUUGAGCACAAAACGGUGAUUUGGUUACUUACACUAAUUGAACGCUCUACAUCAGAACUAUAACGUUUAAUUAAUAUCUAAUUUGAUAAUAAUGGAAUGUCUAAUAGAAAUUAGAACAAUGAUUGUUAAUUGCUAAAAUGUAUGAUGAUGGUUAAAAAUUUAGAAUAUAUACGCAGAUGUAUAGAAAUUAUUAUGCUAUAAUCAAUAAUCUGUAUAAUAUAAUAUACGAGUAUGUUUAUAGUUAAAUAGGUACUUACAACAAAAAUUGAAACAAUUAUAAUGAAACAGUUUUAAAUUUUAGUUUACAUUAAUAAUAUAUCAAUUUCACAAAUAUUUCACGUAUUUAAGUCAAUAGUUAAAUGUGUAUUUAUAACAGUCCAUUUAAAUUUAGAACUGAUCAUAUUGAUUUGCCCCUUUAGUGCAAUAUCUGAAUUAUGUAGAUCAACAUCCGAUUAAUACUCUAUGCUUGACCAUAUAUAUAUAUAUAUAAUAUAUAAUAAUAUGUUACAAUAUUUCACUCAAACAAAAUAUAUUAUCAUUAUUAUUUUGCGUCGAGAGGACCUUUUAAGGCAGAUAAACCCCCUCUACCCGAAGUUUCGAUAUGACCGUCUAUUGCUGGUUAUAAUAAUAAUAAUAAACAUUCAAAACACCACACAGAGCACGAAUAUAAUGUGUAUAUGCGUCUUAUAACGAACAGUGGGAUUGUGUUUCGAGGUCGAAGUGCGUUUUAUAUACAUAAUAAUAUAAUAUUUAAAUUUAUAUUUAUAUAUAAUAUGCUUGUACUUUUCGUAUUUGUAUACGUUGCACGAUGCACUGUAAUUAUAAUAUAUUUACUCAAAACGGAGACGAUGACUGCAGUCGUACAGAUUUUUUAUCAUUACUAAUUGAUAGUUGGAUACACGAGUAUAGUAACUUAUUCGGUGAAAAAAAAAAUUAAAUAAAAAAAAUACUGUAUGUAUAAAACGGUCAGUACAGGUGGUAAAAAAUUAUGUUUUCGAGUAAUUUAUUUUAGCCUGGACACUUAUAACCGACAUCAGAAUCGUGUGACAUUCCUUUUGGAUAGGUACGUUAUAACUCUACAAGUUUAUGUCCUACCGCAAUCAUUAUAGUACAUAAUAAUUAUUACAACUAUUAUCUAAUUAUGUGCAUAAUAAACAAUGUACAUGUAUGUUAUUAUAUUGAUGUAUUUUUAUUAUCCGCUUGGACGCCAACUUUCUAAAAGUAUACAUACAUCAAUAUACACAUAUUUAUUAUUAGGUUAAUAUUGUUAUUCCUAUUUUAUAAAGCAUGUUAUGCAUCAUCAUAUUCAAAAACGAAACUUUGAAGUUUGCUCAAACAAUCUAUCAAAAGACUAUACAUGUAUUAUUUUUAGGUAUAUAUUUAAUAAUGCUUCGACGAGUGUAUGUAAAUAUAGUAAAUAGCAUAAAGAAUGAUAGCUAACUAGUAACUACGCGCAUGACGUUUGACAAUCGAUCGUGCUUAUAAAAUAUAUUUAUCCAUAUUCCGCUAAUGAGUGUGUUUCGUUGUUUACUUUUUAUGCGUUUUUUAUAUUAUUGAUGAUAUUGUUAUCACCAGAAUUUUUAAUUUGCGCGGAACAUUUGUUUUCGUUCUCAUAUGAAUAAUACUGACUAGGUAUAGGUCUUAAAAUACGAUAUUUAGCAGUCGGCCGCCAAACGUAGAAAACCAUAGAAAAAAUAGAAAAUAAAAAUAAACUAUAAAUAAAUAUAUAGAGACAAAAAUCGCGAACAAAGUAGGCAUUAUGAUGGACUUUAUCGUUAGUCUUCCGGUAUACCACGUGAUCCUAGUGGCAGAAAUAAAUCGAAAUAUCAUGGCUGUACAUAAUAGAUAUGUGGAUGGAUCCCCUGCUCAAUGUCCACAGAUUUCUGUUGAAUUGGAUGAAUAAUGUUGUAUAUUAGUGCUAAGUCUUCAAAACCCUUUUUUAUAUAUGUCCAAAGUCUAUCUAUAUUUAUGUGUUUGUGUGUUCUUUGUUAUAUUAUUACAAUUUAUUGAAUAUACUCGAUUUAUUUCCAUACUUUUUAAAUUAAUUAAUUAGUUGAAAGAGUCGAAAUUUUUUAGCCCAAAUCGUUCUCAAAAUAAUCAAUGCAUUCAAAUAAUUUAUUUUACGAGUAUAUCGUAUAUGUCAUCAAAAUGUACAAUAAUUCUUGUUGUUACCUGCAAAUAAACGAUUACAGUCCAAUACAAAUACAUUUAAAUUAAGCAAUGUAAAAUAACUUAAAACUAUCGUUUCUAACCGUAACCUCGUAAGAAAAUUAAUUUAGUGAAUUGAUUCACUUAAAAUAAAUUGAAUUUCUUAUACCUAUAUUAUAAGUUUGCAUGCAAGUGUGGACUGGUAUUAAAAUAGUAGGUAUUCUAUAUAGUUCCAAAAUUGAUGUUGUAGUAUUUUAUUUGUAAAAUUUAAUAAUAACGAAUAAAAUAAUAAUAUAUAAUAUUUUCUUAUACAAUAUUAUAAGCAUAUUAUAAUAAUUACACUCGUUUAAGAAUUUGAAGCAUACUAUAUUAUUUUAACAUUUUCAAUGAAUUCGUAAAAUUACAUUAAGUUGUCUGCGCUCUGCAGAGUACAAAAUAAUAU